CUUAAGCAGAAUUCACAGGGAACUUUUUGACACUCAAAAUGUCACAUUACCUGAUUGAAAUACACUUGCUUUUGUAAUCAAUAAACAGAAGAACAUAUAGCACUUAAUUGAGAAGCAAAGCCUAUAGUAUUUAUGUAUAUGUAACCUGUAGCAGUCAGUAUCUCACAAAUUGUCAUAUUUGCUUAUUAAAAAGAAUGUUGUCUGCAAUUGUGAAAGAGCAUCAAAGCAAGCAAGCAGCAAGGAAAGAGAGACAAGAACAGAAAAGAAAGGAAGCUGUUCAAGCUGCAAGUAACUUAACACAGGCUUUGGUUGAUCACCUAAAUGUAGGAGUAGCCCAAGCAUACUUGAAUCAAAAGAAAUUGGAUGCAGAAGCAAAACAAUUACAACAUAGUGCAACAAAUUUUGCAAAACAGACACAGUGUUGGUUGAAUUUAGUAGAAGCCUUUUCAAGUGCAUUGAAAGAAAUUGGUGAUGCUGAAAAUUGGGCACGUAGCAUUGAAGGGGAUAUGAGGACUAUAGCAACUGCUUUAGAAUAUUCUUAUAAGGCAACUCAAGAAGCCCAAGGACCCAGUGCUAACUGAACAAUGAACAUUCCAAAAGAAUUUAAUUGUAUAUUUGUUUAAAGAAUUGUUAUAAAUUAUGAUGUUAUUUUAUGUUACUAUCAGUAUGGUUCAAUAAAUUUAAAUAUGUUGGUUUUGUA